AGCUGUCCUGAUGUCCCUGUAAAUUCAUCCUGGAACUUCAUUUGAGGAAAGGCUCUCCUGAAGCAAAAGGUUCCUUCUGCUCUUCCUCUUCUCAUAACUUCCCUCAAGAUGGCAUCUGACAGCCCUGAGUCACUGAUGACCUUGUGCACUGAUUACUGCCUUCGGAACCUGGAGGGGACUCUGUGCUACCUGCUGGACAACGAGACGCUCCGGCUGCAUCCUGACAUCUUCCUGCCCAGCGAGAUCUGUGACAAACUUGUCAACGAGUACGUGGAGCUGGUGAAGACAGACAGCAUCUUUGAACCCCAUGAAAGCUUCUUCACCCUCUUCUCCGACCCACGGAGCACCAGGCUCGCCCGGAUCCACCUGCGGGAACAGAUAGUGCAGGAUCAGGACCUGGAAGCCAUCAGGAAGCAGGAUCUUGUUGAGCUCUACCUGACUAACUGUGAGAAGCUGACGGCCAAGAGCCUGCAAACCUUGGUGAGCUUCAGCCACACACUGAUCUCCCUGAGCCUCUUUGGCUGCUGCAAUAUCUUCUACGAGGAGGAGAACCCUGGGGGCUGUGAAGAUGACUGUUUGGUGAACCCAACUCGCCAGGUCUUGGUCAAGGACUUCACUUUUGAAGGCUUCAGCCGCUUGCGCUUCCUCAACCUUGGCCGCUUGAUUGAAGGGGUGAACGUGGAGACACUGCUUCGGCCUUUGGCCUCCCUUGCAGCUCUUGAUCUCUCUGGGAUCCAGCUGAACGAUGUGGGAUUCCUCACCCAGUGGAAGGACAGUCUGGUUUCCUUAGUGCUUUACAACAUGGACCUUUCAGAGGAGCACAUCCAAGUGAUCGCACAGCUUCGCAAGCUCAGGCACUUGGAUAUCUCCCGAGACCAUCUGUCCAGUUACUACAAAUUCAAGCUGACCCGGCGGGUUCUAAACUUGUUUGUGGAGAACCUGGUGAACCUCACUUCCCUCGACAUCUCAGGGCACACCAUGCUGGAGAACUGCACUAUCCCAAGCAUGGAGGAGAAGAUGGGCCAGACAAGCAUUGAGCCAGCAAAGAGCAGCAUUGCUCCCUUCCGGGGUCUGAAACGACCACUGCAGUUCUUGGGCCUUUUUGAAACGUCUCUCUGCCGCUUGACACAUAUUCCAGCCUACAAGGUGAGUGGAGACAAGAACGAAGAACAAGUCCUGAAUGCUAUUGAGGCUUACACGGAGCACCGGCCGGAAAUCACUUCCCGAGCCAUCAACCUGCUCUUUGACAUUGCCCGUAUCGAGCGCUGCAGCCAGCUGCUGAGAGCCCUCCAGCUGGUGAUCACAGCCCUCAAGUGCCACAAGGAUGACAAGAACAUCCAGGUGACAGGCAGUGCAGCACUGUUCUACCUGACCAACUCCGAGUACCGCAUGGAGCAGAGCGUGAAGCUGCGGCGCCAGGUCAUCCAGGUGGUGCUGAACGGCAUGGAGUCCUACCAGGAGGUCACAGUACAGCGAAACUGCUGCCUGACACUGUGUAACUUCAGCAUCCCUGAGGAGCUGGAGUUCCAGUACCGCCGAGUCAACGAGCUGCUGCUGAACAUUCUCAACCAGAGCCGACAGGACGAGUCCAUCCAGCGCAUCGCUGUGCACCUCUGCAACGCCCUGGUCUGCCAGGUGGACAAUGACCACAAGGAAGCCGUGGGCAAGAUGGGGUUUGUCAUG